ACGUCUCGUGAAGUUAAUUUUUGUUGAUUUUUCACGUACGACAACUUUUUACGGCUUUAAUGAAUUUGUCAUUCAAAAACAAUUGAAAACAUUCCGGGCCUUUAAUUCGUCGCGUAACAUUCGUUUUUGUGAUUUUGUGGCGAAAAAAAGUAAAAUUUUCGACGAAAAAUGCUGCGUUUGAGCAAUUUAUUGGUCUUGCAAGGAAAAUCAAUUUUUGUGAGCAACAUGAGAAGUGUCUCCAGCUUGGUCUUGGACAAGGGAUUCGUUAAUGGAGAAUGGGUCACCGCUUCCAGCAAGAAGACUUUUGAUGUUUUUAAUCCUGCAACGGAGGAAAUUGUUGGAAAAUGUGCCGAUAUGGACCAAAAUGACACUUUAAAGGCCAUUGAUGCUGCUUACGCCACUUUUCAUACCCGGGAAUGGCAAACGUCGACGGCGAAGGAGCGAUCAACGUUGCUAAAAAAAUGGUUCACUUUGCUCGAACAAAAUAAAGACGAAAUCGCGAAAAUCAUGACGGCAGAGUCCGGGAAGCCCAUUGUCGAGUCUCUGGGUGAAGUUGCUUACGGAAAUUCCUUCGUAGAAUGGUUUGCGGAAGAAGCGCGACGUAUUUACGGUGAAAUUGUACCCAGUCCGGUGGCAUUUCGGAAACUGAUGAUGACUCGGGAGCCGAUUGGCGUUGCAGGGCUCAUUACGCCGUGGAAUUUUCCGCAUGCGAUGAUCACGCGGAAGGCAGCGGCGGCAAUAGCUGCUGGAUGUACAGUGGUCAUUAAACCAGCAGAAGAUACUCCUUUGACGGCGCUGGCUCUUGCAAAGUUAGCUGAUGAUGCGGGUUUUCCGAAAGGCGUGAUAAAUGUCGUCACUUCAAGUCGUCAACAUGCUGCCGAGGUCGGGAAUUUGUUGUGCACGAGUCCAAAAGUUGCGGGAAUUUCCUUCACCGGGUCCACGGAAGUGGGGAAACUUUUGUAUAAACAAUGUUCGGUCGGAAUUAAACGAAUCGGGCUUGAAUUGGGCGGAAAUGCUCCGUUUAUCGUCUUUGACAAUGCUGACCUGGAUAAAGCAGUUAACGGAGCAAUGACGAGCAAAUUUAGAAAUUGUGGUCAAACUUGCGUCUCGGCGAAUCGUUUUCUCGUCCAGGAAGGCGUUUAUGAUGAAUUUGUGUCGCGUGUCACUUCCGCCGUGAAAUCCCUAAAAAUUGGUGAUGGAAAGAAAAAUGGGAUCCAAAUCGGGCCGUUGAUCAAUAAAGCUCAGCUUUCAAAAGUAACGGAUCUCGUGAACGACGCAAAAGCCAAGGGCGGUGAAAUUAUCCACGGAGGACGUCCUUUGACGGAAAUCGGGCCCUUAUUUUACGAACCAACGAUAAUUACGAACACGAAACCCGACAUGCGAAUUUACAAUGAAGAAGUUUUCGGUCCCGUGGUGUCAUUCAUCAAAUUCCGCACCGAAGAAGAAGCUUUGCAAAUCGCAAAUUCCACGCAACGAGGACUGGCUGGAUAUUUUUACAGCGAAAAUUUGAACCAAGUGUUCCGGGUGGCGCGACAAUUGGAAGUCGGCAUGAUUGGAAUUAAUGAGGGAUUAAUUUCGUGCACGGAAGCGGCGUUUGGAGGCAUAAAAGAGAGCGGAAUAGGACGUGAGGGCUCGAAACAUGGCAUUGAUGACUAUGUUCACAUCAAGUAUUAUUGCAUCGGAAAUUUGAACUAAAAAUUUUUUUUUUUUUGGUUAGAAAAAAAGCAUUUAAGACAAUAUUUGAAGCUUACAAUUCAGAUGAUAUUCGUAGGUUGCUCAACUCUUUUGAUACGCACGACUCUCGCACUCAAGCACUUUUAGUCUUCCAUAAAAAGUGAUCAAGCUACCAAAUAAAAAAAAAGUAGAGAAUAAUUGUUAUUAGUUAAGGAAUUAUGAAAAAUUAUGUCAAUAAAGUUUAAUUUAAUCUCGA